GGGCGCUACUCCCCCACACUGAACAUAACCCGGAAGUAGUGAGGGCUGUGUGAAACACGUGUUCUCACUGCGCACUAUCACGCGAAACAUUCGCGUGGAUAUCGCUCACAUGGAGAUGUCCGAGCAGAGCGCAGAGGGUCCGGAGCUGGUCCCGGGGCUGGUCCCGGGGCCCACUCGGCCCGCCGCGGCCUUCCACCAGAACCGCGUGUUCCUGGACCUGUUCUGGGACCUGACCAAACCCGAGCAGGAGGUCCGGCUGCGGGCUGUGGACAGUCUGGUCCAGUAUCUCCAGUCCAAUAACAAGGAGGAGGAGCUGGAGUACACGUUGAAACGCCUGGUGGAUGGACUGUCCCACAGCAGAGAGACUGCCCGGCCUGCAUUCAGCCUGGCCCUGGGACAGGUGCUGAGUGCGUUUAAAGACCUCUCGUUGCUGCAGACUUUGGACAGGAUCCGGGUCAAGUACAACCUCCUCACUGUCAAGAAGAAGCUCCAGAGAAAUGCCAUGUUUGGGAGCCUAUUUGGGGUCUUGGCUCUGCACCAGUCGGGCCGCCUGACACAGGAGCCUCAGGUCGUGGUGGCCUGUGUGCAGCUGCUCCAGAGUCUGACCCCUCACAGACAGCACCUCAAGGACCUGCCCACCAAAACCAUGAUGGACAUCCUCAACCAGGUAGAGGAGGAGGUCUUUGAGCAGGUCCUGUUCUCAGCGCUGCAGUCAGACCUGUCCACCCCCUUCAGGACUCCGGAGCAGCUGCACCUUCUGCUGGUGGCGCUUCAGCGCUUCCCUCAUACACUCAAGCCCAAGAAACUCAAGAAACUGUUGGGCUUCUCCACCAUCAUCCACCAGGACAACGUGCCCAGGCUGACAGAGCUGCUGAAGACUGUGGCUAACUCCGUGAAGAAGGAGCAUGUUCUACCUCCAGUCAUGUUGGACCUGCUCAAACUGUCUCUCAGAGAAGACAGCUUCCAGCUCUUCUGGACCAAAGUCAUCAGUGAAGGGCUGCUGAAGGAACCCCCUGGCCCAUCCCAUUACUUGAGCUUCCGUGUACUUGGGGCUGCUCUGCCUCUGCUGUCGGACACCCAACUUCAGGACGUGUUGAAAGGGGACGUGAUGAGGCAGUAUGGUCUGCACCUGCUCUCCUCACAGAAGCCGGGUCGGUUCCAGUUGGCUCCAGAGAUGGAAGUGUACGUGUCAUCCUUCCUGCAGGGCUGUAAAGAUGUGGACCGGCAGCUGAUUGUAGUGAAGGGCUUCUCGUCUCUAUGUAACCAGGGCUGCCCCAUGGUGCCACCCAGCUGGAGAGUGGUGCAGCACCUCCACUCACCAGCGCUCCAGGCCUACACCUCCUGGCUUCUGGACAUGUUCCUUAGGCCUCAGCUCCACCUGCUGUUGGACGUGAGCACCAAGAAGCCAAGAGAUGAGAAGGACGACAGGCAGACCUUGGUCCAUCGGCUGAGGAAGUGGAUUGGUGCGCGGCUCGUGGCCCUUGUGGACAACCAGCAGCUCAAGAAGGAGGAGGCCAUGGUGCUGCAGGUGUCCAGGUUCCUGUUAUUCCACGCCUUCUUCUCCAGCACAGCAGUGUGUGCAGAGGUGCCAGAAAGCAGGGAGGAACUGUCUGUGCCCCUACAGGAGGACACCAGGGCUGCGCUGGCAAACUCCUUCUUCAGCCUGCUGCUAUCCCUGCAUCACCUGCCCCAGGAGCAGGGCUCAGAGGAAGACGGUGCCCCUCACAAAAGGCUGUUGGGUGUGCGGGCUGACGGCAGCAUGUGGAUCUGUCACAUUUUUGACUUUGCUCAGAUGCUGUUGCAGCAGCAGCACGUGGAGCCGGGCCCUGCUUUUGGCCCCACCGUGAGGGACACCUGGGACAGCCUGCUGCUGUCAGUGUCAGGCCUCAGGAAGAAGAUGAAGAAAGCUCAGAGCCCGGAGAACAAGGCCUUCCUGCAGCUCUUCCUCCUGGUUGGCCUCUACCUCUUCAAGGCCCCUGAGGAGUUGUUGGACAUCAUCCGUGACCUGCAGAGCUGUGUGGAGCGCGCCCACAAGAAGCGUCGCAGCAAACCAGGUGAAGAGCAGGAGCCUGCCUGGGUGGAGGUCCUGGUGGAGGUGCUCCUGUCUCUGCUGUCUCAGCCCAGCAGACACAUGAGGCAGGUCUGCAAGAUGGUCUUCAGCUCCGUGUGCCCUCACGUCACCCAACCCGCCCUCAGCGCCAUCCUCAAGGUACUGGAGCCAGAGCCAGAUGACGCGGACAGCGGACUCCUCAUCACCGAUGACGACCCAGGUCUCAACAGAGAGGAAGAAGAGGAAGAGGAAGGAGAUGAGGGCACACAGGAGGAGGGCUUGGGCUCGGACGAUGAAGAUGAUGAAGAGGAAGGCGAAGAGGAUGGUGACACUACCGAUGAUGAGGAUGAGGACGAUGAGGAGCUCCAGGAGGGUGUGGAUCCUGAGUUUCGUCUGCGCCUAAUGAAGGUCCUGGAGCAGCAGAACGCUCUGGCCAAAGAGGAGGACAGCAGUGGGGACGAGGACCUGGGCGAUGAGGACAUGAUGAAGCUGGACCAGAGCCUGGCUGCAGUCUUCUCUGAGCAGAAGAAGAAAACCCAGGCCAAGAAGGAUGAGAAGUCCAAACUCAAGAAGGAGAAGCUACUCAUCCGUGACUUUAAAAUCAAGGUUCUGGACUUGGUGGAGGUGUACGUGUCCCGUCAGUGUGGCACUCCCCUGGUGUUGUCCCUGGUGCAGCCUCUGCUCACCCUGAUUGAGAGGUGCAUGGGCUCAGACAGAGAGCUGCACGAGCAGGACCUCCUCCGCAGGACAGCUGACAUCCUCAGAAACAAGUUGUUCCGUGCCAAAGUGUACUGCCGCUCUGUGGAGGACAGGACUCAGGAGCUGCAUGAUCUGCUAGAGACACUGCUCAACAAGGUCCUCAAGCUGCACGACUCCUCCGUGGCUCUCUACUACUUCAGUGCCUGCUUAUACCUCGUCAAAGUGCUACGAGGAGCCCCUGCGUCCAAAGGCCCAGGGGAGGACACCGCAGACAGUGUGCGCUGGAUGGGCAACCUGGACCAGCAGCGAGUGUCGUCCCUGUUCAAAGGCGCCCUGAGCUCCUUCUUCAGCCGCAGGAAGAGCCCGCUCACCACGCACAUGUUCUCCGACCUCUUCACGCGCUUCCCGGUGCUCUGUGUGGACCUCUUGGACACCGCUGUGCAGAACAUCACCACGGGCGUCAGGGAGCAUCAGCGGGGCCAGGCGUGUGUGCUAGUGCAACAGGCGCUGCAAAGCCGGGAGGUGCAGCUGCUGCUUGCUGGUGACCCCUGGACUCAGCUUUGCACCAGAGUCACCAGCCAGCUGCUGAUGAGUGUGCAGCAGAUGCAUGGCUCUGAGCAGAAGGCCCUGAAGGACAAACUGCAGCAAGUCUUGGAGCUGUGCCAGUGUGUGCUGGGACAUGUCCACAGACAGAAGCUGCCUUUGUCCCUGGAGCCUCUUCAGACCUCUCUGCAGGAGCUGAGCAGCACCAUCAGCUUGAACAGAACGGGCCGCCUUGAGGACACGUACUGGGCUGUUAUGAAGAAAUUUGGAGUCCUCAAACCUAAAGCUGAAAAGAUCAAGCCAAACCUGGCAGAUGAUUCAAAGACUGCUCCCAAAAGGAAGAAGAAGAAAGGCUUCUUACCGGAAACGAAAAAACGCAAGAAACGUAAAGUGCUAGAAACCUCAGACUCCACAGCCAACAUUCAGCCUGAAAAGGCCCAGAAGCAGACUAACAAGGAAUCUAAGAAGGACUUUAAGAAGAAGGCAAAGAAAAGACCUGCAGGAGCAGCUCAUGUCCAGGACAGUCCAGCCAAAAAGAGCAAGUUCCUCCAGAAGAAGAAGAAGAAAGAAAAAGGGAAAGCACAGGGCCAAACCCAAGCCUGAGGGGCAGCAGGGGGCAGUACAGUGCAGCGGGGGUUGCCCAUGUAGGCCCAGGUCAGCUCGGCUCAACCUCUGCUAUGGAGUGCUGGGCCAGUGCUGGGCCAGUGCUGGGCCAGUGCUGGGCCAGUGCUGGGCCAGUGCUGGGCCAGUGCUGUUUUGAAGGUAAGCCAAAUUAGGAAAUUUUUUUGCAUAUUGAAAAAGUUGAACAAAAGCUGUGCAUAAAAGUCCAGAUGGAGCCAGCUGAUAUCGCAUCAUCCAGAUAAUACAUAGGCACAAUAUCUUCUGAUAUCUUCCAAGAGUGGAGGAAGAGGACAGCAUGAACCAGUAGGGGGCGUAUGUACUGUAAACUGUGCGUGAUCUUUGCUUGUAUUAAGAAUAUGGUUAACACAUUUUUUAUUUAGCAUGUCAUAUAUGCUGUUUAUUGAACUUUAAGGCUCGACAUUGCAGGUGAACAGGAACAAAUCUUUAGAGAGAAGUUCUUCUGUAGUUUACUUGUAUAAAUGUCAGUAAAAAAGUGUGCACUGGUUUUUCCAUCAUGUGUUGUAAAAAUAAGGCAUUUUGUGUAAUUGUCAAAAUUUGACAUAUUUAGUAAUAAAAAAUUGACAGAUUGUACAGCAUAUUGCAUAUAUUAUUUAGUACUACACUAGAUACUGAAAAAAAUAUUUUUUUUAACAUUUUAAAAAAGGAAACCCCUGUCAUUCUCAUAAGGUGUUGGCCUGAUGCAUCUUUUUAAUAGUUGGGUUCACAUAACAAGUUGGGGGUUUUAACAAUAAUUCUUUAGUUUGCGUGUGAGCUGAGGUUGUAUUCUUGGUUGAAACCAGCGAGCUCUGUGUGUCCGACACAAAUUUUAUUCAACAUCUGUGGUUUAUUACCAGCUAUUUUUAGUUAAAAAAAUAAAUAAAUCUUUAAACUUUUUUCCCUACUUUUUCUCCCCCUAACCCAAGUGCUCUCUGUGAAUUUAACUGUUUUCUAUUAUCUACAUAAAGUAGUCAAAUGUGAAAAAGCAGGACUAAGGUGUCCAGAACACAGAAUAAAACAGAAUCUAUCGUUACACUGCCCCGUCCUCAUCCAAAUGCAUCAAAGGCUGAUGGAAUUAAAAAAAACAACUUUGUACAUGAGGGAAAUUACUGUUUGAACAUGCUUCCAUUAGGGGGCAGUGUGGAGCUAGGUCAGAAUAUGAUUGACGUUUCAGAGCAUUUUAUUAGGUAAAGCUGCAGUACACAAGAACAGUGCUCUAUGGUUUUGAUAAGUGAACCUUUGUUUGUACAGUAGAGAAACUUAAGUGUUUGGUCAACUCCAACACACAGUACAACAGCAGAAUCACUCGCAAAUAAAAAUGACUCUUAAAAAAUAGACCAUAACUAACUUGUUUGCCCACAAACAAACUAAAACAACAGCACAGAAAGAAAGAUAUUAGGCACUCGCUUGGUUAGAAAGAUUUAAGUGAGUACAUGAUAUCGUUCUUUCAAUGAACUGUACUAUUUUACAUGAGCGGCCUUGGUUGUAUGGAUACCAGCAGCUUCCUGCCUUUGCUGUUUUUAAAAUAAAAGCAUGUUUUU